CACAAUUUGGCCGAAGGCGCAGUGCAUGGCUCAGCAAUUCUUCCGAGAUGAUGAUCAUUUCUCCGGACUAGCAUUAAUCGAUCUGCUUGGGAAAUUGGGAUCGGAAAUAUCAAUCAUUUUAUUCACAUCGCUUUUAAGCAAUUUUACAAGGUUUUCUAGUCCCUCCAAAUUUUUCUCAAAUACUUUGGUUAGCUCCUCCGGAUCGCUAGGUAAAAUAUUGGAUGAGGAAGCAUAGCUGGCCCUUUUAGGAUCGCUUCG